AAGCUCUCUACAUUUUGUGUUAACUGUCUUCUGUUUGUUUUAGUGAGGGCUGUGUUGAAGAAGAGGGACUAUGGCUCCAAGUACACACAGAAUAACUUCAUCACAGUAGUCAGAGCCAUGAAUGAAUUCUGUCUCAAACCCAGUGAUCUGGAACAGCUACGGAAGAUCCGUAGAAGGAGCCCGCAUGAUGACACAGAGGCUUUUACAGUGUUUCUGCGCUCUGAUGUGGAAGCCAAAGCACUGGAGGUGUGGGGGAGCCAUGAGGCUCUCGGCAGAGAAUGCAAGCUGAGGAAGGAAGUGGAACAAGACUAUAAAGAAAAUUUGUUUCAAAAUCAGAAGCUGCUAAAGGAGUACAAGGAUUUUUUAGGCAACACUAAGCCUCGUUCUGGCAAGAGGUUAACAUUUUCAGGACCUGCGAAGGUUGUGAUGGUUGCUAUAUGCAUCAAUGGUCUGAACUUUUUCUUUAAGUUGCUUGCUUGGGUUUAUACUGGUUCAGCCAGCAUGUUCUCAGAAGCCAUUCACUCACUAGCAGAUACCUGUAACCAAGCAUUGCUUGCAGUGGGUAUCAGUCAGUCUGUCAAGAACCCGGACCCUGGCCAUCCGUAUGGUUUUUCAAACAUGCGCUACAUUGCAUCCCUCAUAAGUGGUGUAGGGAUCUUCAUGAUGGGAGCCGGCCUUUCAUGGUACCAUGGAAUUAUAGGCCUAAUGAACCCUCAGCCUAUUGAAUCUCUGCUUUGGGCUUAUUGCAUUCUAGCUGGGUCACUGGUCUCAGAAGGAGCAACACUUCUAGUGGCGAUCAAUGAAAUCAAGAAAAGUGCUGGAAUCAGAGGAGUCUCAUUUUAUGAAUAUGUUAUGCAGAGUCAUGACCCCAGUACAAAUGUAGUGCUGCUGGAGGACACUGCAGCUGUGCUAGGAGUGAUAAUAGCUGCUAGCUGUAUGGGGCUGACUUCUCUAACAGGGAACCCCUACUAUGAUAGCCUGGGAUCUCUGGGUGUGGGAACACUUUUAGGAGCAGUGUCUACGUUCCUAAUAUACACCAAUACUGAGGCACUGCUGGGAAGAUCCAUCCAGCCAGAGCAGGUACAGAAGCUGACCGAGUUCCUGGAGAGUGACCCUGCUGUAAGGGCUAUUCAUGAUGUAAAGGCUACAGACAUCGGGUUGAGCAAAGUGCGCUUCAAGGCAGAAGUAGACUUUGAUGGGCGAGUUGUAACGAGGUCCUACCUAGAGAAGCAAGACAUUGAACAGAUAUUAAAUGAAAUUCAGCAGGUUAAAACUCCAGAGGAGUUGGAAAACUUCAUGCUGAAGCACGGAGAGAAUAUUAUCGACACCCUGGGGGCUGAAGUAGACAGGCUUGAGAAGGAACUUAAGCAACGUAAUCCAGAUGUCCGACAUGUAGAUCUGGAGAUCCUUUAAUCUGCUCUGGAGCAGCUGAAUUCAACUUCAACAUCUGGAGCUAGCAGGACGUUAAAGGAUACAGAAACUCGCUCUGAAGACUUGUUAUAAGCAUGUCUUAGGCUGUUAGAAGGACAUACCCUGUAGCUUGUUUCUGAGUUUUACAUUUUCUACCAUGUACUGAAAACACUAGACCUUGUUGUCCUGGUGUUAAUACUUGUUGAUUUUUGCAUUGCUUGCCCUUCUAUUUAAUGUUGAAAAACGACGGGGAGGCACUCCGGAGGUAAUAUAGGACGUACAAAAAAAAAAAAAAGUGUCCAGUAAGAAUCAAACUCAAGUAUAAACAGUAACAAUGGAGGCAAAAAGGCAAGGAGUUUUAACAUCUUGAUGAAGUCCAUUUAAAUCUAGUAAUAAUAAAGACUGAAAGAAUAACAGUGGUAAUGGUGCUUUGGUCAGGUGUAGCAAGCAGAGGUUUGUCUACCAUAGCAUAUUAAGUAAAGUAAAACUUAGUAUUGUAACAUUGAAUUUCUACCUGUAACAACUGUUAAUGUAUCCUGAUCCUGUGUAGCAGUCAACGAGAGACUAGUUUAAGUUAAAAAUAAGACUAUGUUGCAA